CACGCACAGCUCCGCAAUGUUAUCGAGCACAUUUUUGGGGUUAUCAAGCGGGAGUUCAAGAUGGUUGCGGAGGCGUGUGAGUACUCUAUCAGAGUACAAUGCGCUAUUCCACUCGCCCUCUCCCUUGUUCACAACUUUCUACGCACUCAUGACCCUGAGCGUUGCGAGAAUGAGCUGCAAAUUGGUCUUUGCACUGAGCCAGGCAUGAAUCCCCAUGGAGACAACGAGGCUGGAGAUGCAGGUGAUGGUGUCAGAGGUGCACAACCUCAAGACGCAUCAGCACGAAGGGACCAGAUUGCAGAGGCGAUGUGGGCACAGUAUCAAGAGGUGUUAAGGAGUAGAGGGGAUUGA